UCUAAUUGACAAAAUCAAGGUGGCAUUUCUCAGUUUCAAUAACAAGCAUAGAGUGCUAAAAACUGAAUUUGCAAUUUGAUUCGAACACAUCUGUCUCACAGAAGGAAAUGUCUUCACGGGGAAAUAUUUCGGAGGCGAGUCCACACUACCACACAUCACAAUCUGUAUUCGCCAUUCACGUUGUCGGUUCCACCACCCUAUUGGUUACGGGAAUUCUUGUGAAUGCAUUUAGCAUCGGUGUCAUCAUCCGUCUGAAACUAUAUCGUGAAACUUCAGUUCUCUUUACACUUCAUUUGAUGUUCGUCAACCUUACAGCAAUCAUCAUAGGUAUGCCUCUUGCAUUAUUGAAUUCAUUUCAUCCAAUCGUGAAAAAGGACAUGUUUUGCAGGAUGAGCGGAUUCAUCGUAUUUGGUCUGAUUGGAGUUCAAAUGUGUAAUAUUACAUUGCUGUCUGUAAGUGCUUACGUGAAAGUUGCUCAGGGUACUUUUGGGAAAGUGAUUUUCUCUAGAACUCGCAACACUGUGUCAUGUCUCGUUUUUAUAUGGGUUUUGCCUUUUGCAAAUAUGUCAAUGCCUAUGAGCGAAAUUUGGGGUGAAUUUGCCGUUUCCCUCCAUCAGCCCUGGUGUUUUCCUUUUUCCGGUACUUACGGAACCUUUUUGGUGUGUUUCACCCUCGUUGUGACUUUGUCGGCACUUCUUUUUUCUUAUGUUGGAAUCGUGCGUACCGUUGUACGAAGCAGAAGAAAGGUUGAGGCCGCGAACCAGCUUCCUCGCCAAAACAGAAAAAAAUUCAUCAACGAACGACAACUUAUUAUUACUCUCAUUAUCAUGGCGACUUCAUAUAUAAUCCUCUUUCUUCCAUCAGGCCUUCUUCCGGUCACAGACCCCGACUCCAGACUUGGUGUGGAUCUUCAUGUGAUUUUCACUUAUAUCAUGUGGUCACAGAAUGUAGUUGAAACUCUGAUAUAUUCUGUCUUACAUACCAAAAUCAGACAUGGAAUCAAAUUAUUUUUCAUUUGUAAGAAAGCCGACACGGUUUUAGGCUGAAAUGUUGGAAUGGGAAAAUCAGCAACCACAAACUAUUAGUGUAUUUUUCACAUUCGGUGAUUUUAUAUUAGCAUCAUUUUAACCUU